AUGAAUCCUCUCCUUCACCACAGGUAGAAAAUUAUCUCAAAAGUGACCACAAAUCCUUGCUUGCUCUAGCUCUAGCAAUAAGUCGAGCCGAGGGUACAGGUCAGGUGUCAGCGAGUGAUUUGUCGACAGCAGGGGGUAAUUCUAUUGGCUAUGGCACUCACAGGAUGAUGAUGAUGCUAAUUGGCUAAUUGGGUGGGCCGGGGCGGGUCACAAGUAAUCCAAUAGAUGGACUCACCGAGCAUAUUUAUGGAGCAAGAAAAUCCUGUUGCAAAAAUAAGACACAAAUGAUAAUUAUACAGUGUAAUAAACUACAUAAGAAGUAGUGCUACUAUUGCAGUCAACUUACGCUUUCAGCUGUCCCGCUUCAAUAUACAAAUAAUUUAACAAAUAAACUCUGCCGUACACCCCGACCUCCAUGCUGAGUCAGUCUGAAAGAGCAGUUAAGACAAUCAAGAUAAUACUUUCAGUCUAAUCAAAGCAGACACAGAAAUUAGGGGUGAUGAUGUAAAUCUGUCAAAGUGAAGUGAGUUUGAUGUUCUGAUUACCGUGACGCCUCCUGUAGGGUGAUGGCUGUGGAUAUAAAGAUGGAGACUAUACAGAGAAAGGCCCAAAGGACUGGGACUGAGUUACAAGGGACUGGGUGGAAAAGUUUAAACCAGUGGAAAUGAAGGCAAAGUAAUGAGUGUGCAUGUUUGUGUCGGUCAGUAUGUAAAACAGGACGCAUUUAGUGCAUGAGACAAGGGAAAAGUCAAGCCCAGGACCGAAAAAGGCUAAAAAGAAGGAGAUUUUGGUUAGUUAGGAAAUAUGGGCAAAACGUUAAAUAUUUGGUUCAGUGAAACAAACCCAGGCUAGUGACAGAAGAAAGAAGUCAGUGAAAGGAAAUCAUACAAUAGCUCAUGUAGGACAGAAUGGAGGUCAUGCACAGCAAAGGCCGCCGGUAGUGAAGACGGUGUGAGGGGCGUAGGUGGGAUUGGAGGUUAGAGGGGAAUUAAACUGCCUGGACAGAUGGUAGUCGGGAAUUAGAUGUCAGUGGUCAACUAAACCCCUUUGAAAGGCCACUACUGAAAUAGCAAACAACCCACCUGAAGCCAUGUUAACAGGGUUUCCUAGAACAUGACUGAUAAUCUGUUGGUCAGAGUAUAAAAGUAAUGUUUGAGUUUUAAUGAUUCUGUAGCAUUCAAAUACUUUCCAAUUCCAUGGAAGGGUUUAUAACCACAAAGAUACACUGAAAUGCAUUGAACCCCUGUUGAUUGAUUAAUAUUGAGUUAUUACAUAAGACUACUGACUUCUUUGAUACACUGCCACAAGGCAUAACUCCUACUGUUUAUAAAUAAUUGAACAGAGGAAUGAACUCAACACUGACAUAUACUGUGGAUCUUUCUAGACGUCCAGUCCCAACAGAGAAAAGUAGGAUGCGGGGGUUCUUUUUAGUCAAAAGCUCAGCCACUUUAAAUCCCGCAUUAACAGAAUUAACCCUGGUGGAGUGUGUUUCCCCCUCCCCUCCUUAUCUCUCACCGUCUUACUGUCCAGACACACACUCAAUUCUCCAGUCAUCAUCUGUCCACACAACACACAGGGUUCUCUUUGGCCUCUACCAUCAACAGGAGAGGUCAAGCCAAGUUUAGGUGGCACAGGAGAAGAAAAACUCAGGUGGUGAGGUUGCCAGAACUGACACAUCACUAAGACACUGAGAGUCACUACCAUGGGAAAUACCACCAGCAGCGCAUUAUCUAAGGAGAUCCUGCAGGAUCUCAAGCUCAGCACCAAAUUCACUGAAACUGAGAUCUCGCAGUGGUACGAGAACUUUCAGACACAGUGCCCGACGGGACGCAUAUCGCCAGAGGAGUUUGAGCAGAUCUAUGCCCGUUUCUUCCCUGACAGCGAUGCCAAGAGCUACGCACGGCAUGUGUUUCGCUCCUUUGACACCAACGACGACGGCACUCUGGACUUCAAGGAGUACAUCAUCGCACUGCACAUGACCUCCACUGGGAAGACGACCCGAAAACUGGAGUGGGCAUUCUCACUGUUUGAUGUAGACAAGAACGGAUACAUCAACAAGACAGAAGUGACAGAGAUCUGCCAGGCCAUAUUUAAGCUGAUCCCCAAGGAGGACCAGUGCAGGCUAAAAGAGGAUGAGAACACACCCGAGAAGAGAGCCAACAAGCUGUGGUCUUACUUCGAAAAGAAAGACAACGAGCGACUGGCUGAAGGAGAGUUCAUCAAAGGAGUGAUUGAAAACGAGAAUGCAAUGCGUCUUAUCCACUAUGAACCGAUGAAAGAAUAAAGUCAUUCCUACUUCAUCCCCUCUCAUUAGACUCUUUUAAACUUCCCCUCCCAGUGUCAGAUGUUUCUUCUUUGAUUCACUCAACUCCUCAGUGUAAAUACUCUUUUCUGCAGUGUCUUGGUUGCAGCUAACUUCACAGUAAGUUUCAGUACAUGUUAUAUUGUUUUACUAAUGUUUUAAAUGAAUUUAUAUGAAAUAGAGGCUAAAAGAGGCAAAUUAGGGCGUAGUUUUUAAAACGUGUGUACAGCUAAAAAGCUGUUACGGUGACUAUUAUACAUACUAUAUAAUUAUAUAAAGAAUGUAUGAUAGAUAUUGUCCUAUUGUUAAUCUUUUAAAUGGUUCAAAUUAAAUUUUGGCUAUGGAUAAGUAUCAUACCUGAUUGUUAGCUCAUUACUUUGUUUUUUUUCCGGACCGGAAAUGUCUUAAUAGAGGUCGUAGUGUUGUCUAUUCACUGUACAAUCAAUUAAAGGUUUUCUCAUAAAUCUGUGCUUUGAAAAACAAUUUUUUGGUCUUUCCCAGAAAACAAUAAAUUCUCAUAUGACCUAGAAACAUACUGUUUAACAUAAUGCUUUAGGUCUUAACUUUUCUAUUAUGUUUAUCCCAGACAGUAAAUCCAUGAGU